GUUAUUUUAAACUGUUGUGAAGAAAUAACAAUAACAGUUGCAACUGUUAUCAAAAAAUAACAGUUUUGCCCAUCUCUAGUCUAUGCACAUUCUACCUUUAUCAUAUUUCCACAGAAAACAAAGAGAGAACUCUUUUUUUUCUGUGCAUAUUUCUAUGCUAACUUUUUACCAAACCUGUAAGACCAUUUUCAAAAUCAAAAUCCUGGAAAAUGAAAACCUGUCAUUCACAAAAAUCUAACCUCAAAAACAAACUGUUUAUCAGCCCCAUGAAACUUAUAUUUGUGUUCUGUGCUGUUUAUCUUUACAAUUUUUGAUGAAGGAAUGAUACGAUUUAAACAAAAACAAUGCUUCAACAAAAGGCUCGAGUGCUCGUAGCUGCUGCAGCUUUUUUUAUCUUAGCUGCCAAUGCCAUAUCAUUAAUACAGGACCAACAGAAGCAAGGGCGGCGUCGCAGGUUUAAAAUAAACCCAAAAAAUAGUAAGGGGCGCCAUCGUAUCGCCAACCAGUAUCAGUACUUGAAAGAGAUAAGGUCCUUGGACAAUUCCCAGUUUUUUAACCAUACCAGAAUGACCAGACUGGUAUUCGAAAAGCUCUUGCAGAAAAUCAAACCUAUGAUAUGUCGACAAAGGCGGAGUGAUGGUAUUACCGGGGAGCUACGAUUACUUAUUACUUUGAAGUAUCUAUCUCAAGGAACCUCAAUGCAAUCCUUAGCAUGGACAUUUCAAAUUGGUUUUACAACAGUUCACCAGAUAAUCAAUGAAACCUGUAAAGCCAUCUGGGAUGUUCUCCAUUCCGAAUAUUUAAAACUGCCUACAAGAGAACAAUGGCUAGAAAUAGCCAAAGGGUUUAAAAAUCAAUGGAAAUUCCCAAAUUGCAUUGGGGCAAUAGAUGGAAAGCAUAUUAAUGUUCAACCAACGGCUCAUGACUCUUCAUUGAAGGAUUUUAGUAUUGUAUUGCUUGUAGCUUGUGACCAUAAGUAUAGAUUCACAAUGGUGGAUAUUGGGGCUUAUGAGACUCAAAGGGACGGAAUCGUUUCGAGAAACAGCCAGUUCGGGACUAAGUGGGACGAAAAUCAUGUUGAUAUGCCUGAGGAAUGCGUUUUACCAGUCACAAAUGUUAGUAUUCCGUACUUCUUUGUUGGAAACGAAGCGUUUCCUUUGAAAAAUCACGUCAUUCGACCUUAUACUGGCAAAAAUCUAAACAGUACACAAGAAAUUUUUAACAGAUAUCAAAACGCGGCCAGCAAAGUAAUAGAAAACGCUUUUGGAAUAUUAGUCUCAAGGUGGCCUGUCCUCAAUAAAAAAAUCAAUGCCAAACCAGAUAAAGUAUACAAUAUUAUAAAAUCUGUCAUUGUAUUGCAUAAUUAUUGUCUAACUGAGCUUCAGGAUGGAGAAGAAAAUAUAUACUGUCCUUGGGGUUACACUGACGAUUGGGAUAUUAAAGAUGGUGACUGGAGAGAGGAACAAGAUCCCCUUCAGUCUGUUGGCAGGAUGGCAGCGAAAAGCCAAAAAAAAAUUGUGAAUAAUAUGAGGGACACUUUAGCCGAAUAUUUUAUGAAAACUGAUUCAACAGAAUCCGCAAUAGCCGCAUCCAAAGAACUGUUUUGAGCUAAAUAGAUAUAUUUUUAUGCUUUAUGCUACUUUGAGUAUAAAAGUAUAUGUUGAAAUAUUAAUUUAAUCACGAGAAUAAAAGAAUUGCGAAGUUUAAGAGAAAGUUGACAUUAGUGAAAGUCUCAGCACUGUACAGCUGUAGACAUUCAACAUCUCAGCAUACAAUUACAGGGUGGAUUUAAAUUGUAUUUCUUUUUCUUUGUUAGAAAUAUUUGAUGAAAUUUUAUACGUGCCUAACAGAAAUCAAAAAAGAAAAAUCUGAUGGUAUCCUUAUAUGUUUUUUCAACUAUGUGUGUGUACCUGAGUAAGUAUUUGCAUCAGGAAAAUUUCCUGAUUAUUGGAAGGUAAGCUUUUUAACACCUAUUCAUAGAAAUUUUAUGGCACUGUAACCAAUUGCUUAGUGAGCAUCAACAUGGUUUUUCUCAGGAUAAAUCUAUGGUGAAUAACUUUUUUACUUACUAGUAUGAUUUGGUCAGUGCUUUUGAGAAGUCUGUACAGAUUGAUAGUAUGUAUACAUAUUUCUCAAAGGCUUUUGAUAGGGUGGGUGAUGAUCAUCUGGUUAGAAAGUUUACGCUCAUGGGCAUUGGAGACUUUAGGCUUUGGUGGUGGAAUUUUGUGAUGUUGUGAUUGUGAUGAUGUGAGUUUUUUUUUGACUGGCGCACAAAAUUAUAUUUCUAAUAGUAUUGAAGUAUCAUCAGUGUGCCUUAGGAUUUGCAUAUUUGCCUCUCUAUUUUUUAACUUGUUGAUGAGAUUUGAGUGAUGGAAUUGUUAAUUUAAAAUCAGAAUUAAAUCAGGUAUUAUCCUUCUGAUGGUUUAUAUCAUUGU